AUGUCAACUUACAAGCAUCCGAGGUUGACUCCUUACAAAUAUUCGGCAUUGACUCCCAGUACGAAAGAAAUUCGGAUUCUUACAUUAUUGCCUGGCUAUACUGAUGCUCCAAUUCGCGUCACACUCGCGCAUACACCGUUGGUACCGCCUGAGAAACGUCGUUCUAAACGCAUGUCUCUUGCUGAUCUCGAACGCACAUUACCCUCCGGCUGGACCGUCGAGGAGAAUGUAGAAGGUCACAUGUGCUUCGUGAAUGAAACUCCAGGUGACAGUCGAGGGACUUUCUGGAGGCAUCCUGAUCCUUAUUUUGAUCGACGUCUCUAUGAACUUCCCUUAGAUCAUGAGAAUCCAGGCUUCGAGCCAAGAUAUGAAGCUUUGUCGUAUACUUGGGGUUCAGCAGAGAAUCCCGAAGCGAUAUAUGUAGUAGAACCGUCCUACCCAUCCAAAGCACCGCAACUACUCGAAGUCGGGCAAAACCUCGCGUCAGCCUUGCGACAUCUCCGGGAUCACGACGCGGCUCGGGUUAUGUGGAUCGACGCAGUAUGUAUCAACCAAGCCGAUAUCGAUGAGCGAAGCAGUCAGGUUAUACGCAUGACAGAUAUCUUCAAAUCUGCGUACCGGGUUAUUGUUUGGCUAGGCGAAGAAGCAGAUGAGAGUAAGCUGGCACUUUCAACAAUGGCAUAUCUCGGAAGACAGACAGAGCUUUGCAAAAGUGGGAAACGGAUGUAUUCCCCUGGAGCCACUGAAACGGAUUGGUACCGGGCAGCAUUCGACCUUCCCUAUGACGACCGAGUAUGGCGUGCCUUAUUCCAACUCACAAAUCGGCCAUGGUUUGAACGGCUUUGGAUAUGGCAAGAAAUCCAGCUUGCGAACAGCCGUUCAAUAGUAAAAUGCGGACAUGAUACAAUUCCAUGGUCUCUAUUCCGCCGAGCGGCAGUAUGCCUUGCAACCAAGCAACAUCCCUCCCGCCCUAACCUUGGAGGGCAUUUAUCGAAACUCAAUAGUCUGUGUUACUACCGCCGCCGAUAUCCUUUCAAAACUCAACUGUCUUCCGUUUGGGAACGCAAAUGUGCUAAUCAAAGGGACAAAGUCUAUGGAGUUUUGGGUCUAGCGCCACCGAAGUUGGCAAACAGGAUCAUCCCGCAAUAUUCGCUGCCGGUUGACCGAGUCUUCAAGGAAGCCACCCUUGCCUAUCUUCACCAAUUCCAACGCCUAGACAUGAUUCAGUACUGUAAUUUGGGAACACGGCAGGUCGAAGGUCCUUCAUGGGUUCUUGAUAUGUCCGUCAAUCAAGAAGGAAUAGAUCGUAGCUUUUAUACCACGGGACUCUCGCGUGCGCAAACCGUAUAUCAUCAACCAGAUAUCCUUGAGGUCACUGGACUAUUGUGUACAAAGGUUCGGUCUGUCAGCCAGCCAGCAUCCCUAUACCGCGAUAAAGCCUUGGAUUCAAUUCGAUCAUGGCAGCCCCCAGAUUUGGAAACUGCUUCUUAUAUUACCGGUGGAAGUUUACUUGAUGCUUACCUGUCAACUGUAUGCUUCGGGGACCUAAAAGAAAAAUUUGUGGGUACCUUAAGUCCAACACUAGAAGAGUGGAAAGAGGUCUUUCUUUCCAAGCUAUCGGCCUCGGCGGGACCGAUACAGCCAGAUGCCCUUCUUAACCCCUGGGUUAUCCAUGCUCUUAAUUAUAUCACAGGAAUGUCCUUCAUGACCACAGAGGAUGGGCACAUCGGACUUUGUAGGUUUUCAGCCAAACCAGGCGACUGGGUGUGCCUCCUUCUUGGCUGUGAUGCGGCGAUUUUACUGCGGCAAAAUGCCACCGAAAAUUUUCAGGUUGUCGGCGCGUGUGGUAUCCACGGUCUCAGCGAUUCAGCAAGCCUUCUUGGCCCCUUGCCGAAGCCAUGGAAAGUGGAAAUUGUCUCUUACUCAUCCAUACUUCCCAACUAUCAAUUUGUCAACGCAGUCACAGGGGAAGUGACUCUGGAAGACCCUCGAUUAGAGCCACUCCCUGAGGAAUGGGAGAGGUUCGAGUCCCCGUGGACGCCCGAUGAUCCCGAGUUCUUUCAGCGAUUUAGAAAUAGGACUAAUGGAGAGGAGAUAAAUUCAGACCCACGAAUCUUUCCGGAGGCUUUGAAGGCACGAGGUGUACCAUUGCGAACCUUCCAGCUUGUUUGA